AUGGGUCUCCUCUCGUACAUCCUCUUGGGGUUCACCCACCCGUCUGAACUUCGUGCCAUGAUCGGAUACAAAGUGUGGCGUGACCCUCUCAACGAUAUCAAAGCCAACCCGCAAGCAUCCGGUUGGGAUCGCCAACGCAUGCGAGACUGCUGGGGCUUCCUCGAUCUCACCUCUCGCUCGUUUGCCGCGGUGAUCAAAGAACUCAAGGGCGAGCUAUCGCGCGUCAUCUGUCUCUUCUACCUCGUUCUGCGUGCCCUCGACACGGUCGAAGACGAUAUGACGAUCCCUGCGCAACGCAAGAUUCCCCUGCUAGUCAACUUUUACAAGUAUCUUGAACAACCUGGUUGGAACUUUACCGAGAGCGGGCCCAACGAGAAAGACCGUCAAUUGCUCGUCGAAUUCGACAAAGUCAUCGCAGAGUACCAGCUGCUCGACGUCGGAUACAAGACCGUGAUUUCGGACAUCACCGCAAAGAUGGGCGCCGGUAUGGCGAGUUACAUCGAGUUGAGUGCUAAAGGCCCCUUGAAGGUGGCCAUGUGGAAGCACUUUGAUUUGUACUGCCACUUUGUCGCCGGCCUCGUGGGAGAAGGUCUGUCGAGGCUCUUUAGCGAGAGCAAGUUGGAGAGACCUUGGUUGGGACACCAAUUGGAGCUGUCAAAUCACAUGGGUCUCUUCUUGCAAAAGACCAACAUCAUCAGAGACUACGCCGAGGAUUGCGAGGAGGGACGUUAUUUCUGGCCUCAACAAUGUUGGGGUGAUGAUUUCGCCAAGUUCGAAUCACAACCCGAUGUCGCCAAGGGAAUCAUCGAGAUCAAACCAGGACAUUUCCGACCAGCCGACAACGAGCUGGGUCAACGUAGCAUGUACGUGCUAUCGUCGAUGUUGCUCGAUGCCAUGUCACACGCCACACAUGCAUUGGACUACCUCGCUCUUCUCAAGGAGCAGUCGGUAUUCAACUUUUGCGCCAUUCCGCAAGUCAUGGCGAUUGCCACGCUUGAACUCAUGUUUAACAACCCGGACGUGUUCAAGAAGAAUGUCAAGAUCCGCAAAGGCGUCGCGGUCGGCUUGAUUCUACGAGCGGUCAAUCCACGCGAUGUUGCCUACACGUUUUUGCACUACUCCCGCAAGAUGCAUGCGCGCUUAUCUCCCGCUGAUCCCAACUUUACACGAUGGUCCGUCGAAUUGGCACGCAUCGAACAGUGGUGUGAGACUUACUAUCCGUCGUUUAUCGCUGCUGCGAGCGAAGGCAAACCUACCGAUAUCCGAGCCAAUGCGCUGCGAAGCUGGUCCGAAUCACGUCGGACCCAAGCACUCAUCCUCAAACAAGCCAAGCUCAAUGGCAGUGAUGCUUCGACUCUGGAUGCCAAAUCGGUGCUCGAAGCGGCGCAAAACUCGGCUCUGGAUCCACGUGAUCUUAUGACCGAGGACGAAAGAGCAGCGCAAGACAAGAGAGAUCGCGAUCAAAUGGUCAAGUUCUUCCUCAUCAUCUUGGUAGGCAUGGUGACGUUUAUGGGCAUCGUGGCAUUGAUCACGUGGGAGAUUGUGUGGUGGUGGACCAUGGAUACCCCGGAUCCGCUGAGCGUGUAUGUCAAACAUGCGUACUAUCUCGUCAAGACCCAAGGGUGGUCGACCGUCAAGGAGGUGCUCAGAACCACCAGGUUGAGCUUCGAACAUGUUUGGAAGCACGGUUUGACGUCGCCGCCCAAGUUGGAGCUGUGA